ACCGUGGUCUGGCUGGCCGUCUGGUCGGUGCUCUGCUUUCUGUCCAGCGCCUUCACCGUGCUCACCUUCCUCAUCGACCCCGAGCGCUUCCGCUACCCGGAGCGCCCCAUCAUCUUCCUCUCCAUGUGCUACUGCGUGUCCUCGCUCGGCUACAUCAUCCGCCUGUUCGCGGGCGCGGAGAGCAUCGCGUGCGACCGGGACAGCGGGCAGCUGUACGUGAUCCAGGAGGGGCUGGAGAGCACGGGCUGCACCCUGGUCUUCCUGGUGCUCUACUACUUCGGCAUGGCCAGCUCGCUCUGGUGGGUCGUCCUGACGCUCACCUGGUUCCUGGCCGCGGGCAAGAAGUGGGGGCACGAGGCCAUCGAGGCGCACAGCAGCUACUUCCACCUGGCGGCCUGGGCCAUCCCCGCCGUCAAGACCAUCCUGAUCCUGGUGAUGCGCCGCGUGGCGGGCGACGAGCUCACGGGCGUCUGCUACGUGGGCAGCAUGGACGUGCACGCGCUCACGGGCUUCGUGCUCGUGCCCCUGGCCUGCUACCUGGUCCUGGGCACGUCCUUCCUGCUGUCCGGCUUCGCGGCGCUGUUCCACAUCCGGCGGGUGAUGAAGACGGGCGGGGAGAACACGGACAAGCUGGAGAAGCUGAUGGUGCGCAUCGGCAGGACCGCCCCCAGGAACCGGGUGGCCCAGGAGGCGGGCUGUGAAAUGCACGGACGGGUCUGGAGCCACCGGAGGCCCCAGCCUGGUUGCCGGGCUCUCGGGGACACCGUGUGA